AUGACAUCACAGACCUUUACAGUACUGUACCUGAUAAAUAGCGAAUCUGGAUAUUUCCAGGAGCUGAAGAAGGACUUCAUAGAUAUCUGCGUGAACACGAUAUCUUACAUGAUUUUCGAGAGGAAUAAUGACCCUGCAUUGGUGAGACUAUUGCUGAGGAAGACCAAGCCGUACAUGAAGGACAAGAGCAGCCUGCUGAACUUUGCCUACAGACCCUUUAAAGAACGAUUUGGGACCCCCCGCUGGACAGCGUUUUCACCUUUACACUGGGCUGUUCUGUCUAAGAAAGCAGAAACUUUCACGUACGGGGUAUUGGAGGAGGAGAAGAACCCACUAGAUCUUCUGAUGAUGCUUCUCACCAAUCAAGUACUAGAUCGGGCCAGACAGGAUGGGUCGGUUAUUCUUGCGACCAAUGAGGUGAAGAUCUCCCUCAGGCUAUGUGCCAGAGUGCUACUGCAAGGGUGCGGUACAGUGUAGUGCCUGCUACUGUGCAGGUGUACCGCGCUCCUUACCACAAGUUGCUUUCCUUAGUUCCCGACUGCGUAUUCUCUUCUUCCGGGAAAAUCCUUCCUUUGAACCUCAAGACUGGGACUCAGCCUGGAGGGCACGACGGCUAAAGGGAAGAGAAACACUAAUCACUGUAUGUCAACUCUUUCCGCGACGGGGAAGAGGACACACCGGGAUGGCCACGACUUUCACCGAUUAGGUGAACGUCAUCACUGGCCCUAAGGCCUCAGCCACCCAAACAUCACCUACUUGGCAGUUGCGCACCUAGGUGAAAGCGAGCCCACUAGGCCUAGCGGGGUCUCGCGAACCGGCGCUCAACACGGACUAGGACAUACACACACAGAGUAUACUCACACUGACACUCUUGUCAGCUUGCCUGUCGCAGGUCUCUGGUCCUGGAAAUAGAAUGACAGCAACCUCCCUACAAACGAAUAAAUAGGCAAACAACGGACCUGGGCUGAUUUACAACAAACUCUAAACAAUACAACUUGGUUAGCUACUACACCUAACUCCAGCAAGCAGUACAAGCACAUACAAGGCAACAAAGUGACGAUAAAAAAAAAAUGUGAGUUACCUCUAGUCUGGUUUGGUGGAAGAUUAAGCCGCUUCGCGCCGGUGGACAAAUGCUUGCGUAAUCUAAUUCCCUACGGGGCUGCCGCCCACUGCAGAGUCACGGGGUAGGCCGUGUGAGGUGGACAGUCUCUCCACAACCUCCCUAACAAUAAAGCUGUGUACAGAAUAUGAGGGCCAGCCGGCCCUCCACACCCGACCUGCAACUGGUCCCGAGCGAGCUACCGUGCAGCCCACCCACUGCAGGUACCCAGCCAGAGAGGGGGUCUGUACUGUGAACUUCUCCCACUUGUUGGGGUGAAACCCUGUAAUAACCCUGUGGACUUAGAGCCCUCUAUUUAAUCAAUGGUGGUCCUGGCCUAGAGCAAAGACCACAAUCCAAUUCCUAUUUCCUAACUCACACGCGGCUUAAUGCCGGUAAUUGCCCCUUAGGCCUAUUGCCUGCUUAGUGACGCUGUAAACUUGGCCUAGUGCCAAGAUUACAAAUUGUACCUGUGGCUAAUACUCCUAUAUCCCCGCAGGCCCUAAGCCUGUAGUGCGCUCAGGCCUAAUGCCUGCCUAACUGAAGGUAGAAGUAACCUUGGCCUAAUGCCAAGGUUACUACUGACAAGAUGGUGGCCCGUACUCCUAUCUGCAGCUCAGGCCUUUUGCCUGUUUAUGCCCACAGGCCUAAUGCCUGAACACCUGGUGGUCUAGAGGACUGUAGUGAUGGCCCAAGGCCUCCUACUCGGAUCGGUGGGAGAGGCUGCAGUGAGGAGCUUCGUUAGCUCUUUUGCUGCCCACACACUGAAGCACUCUCCACCGGACCUCCGCUGCUGGAUCCCAGGCUCCGCCUCUUCCUGGUCCUUGGCUGCCGCCUCCUCUUCUUUCAACCGCUUGGUCUUCCUCCGCCGCUGGCUCCUGCCUCUCUUCUGGAGCUCUUCCCUGCUCCGGCUCCGGCGCUCGACUGAGCUCUCCCGCUCUACAGCGUCUGUUAUAUGACACUGGGAGGGGGUGGAGCUAUGACGCAACGAGCCCUGAUUGGCUCGUCGGGGCCCGUUCCUAUUGGCUGACCGGGCGCGAACCCCUGAUUGGCUCACGCCCGGCGCGAACCCCUGAUUGGCUCACGCCCGGCGCCUAACUCAAAUGGCCGCAACGUGAUUGGAGGGGCUUGAAUCCUAACGGAUGCAAGCCCCUCCGUCCCGGAAUCUCGCCGCGCCGCCGCAUCCUACCGCGUACCGCCGCCCGCGGGGAAACAAAGGUGAGGGACCUCCCUUGUUCCCCCAGCACGGUGCCCGUUCUCAUUCCCCCCCCCCCCCCCCCCCGUUUCCUUUGUAGUCCCUACAAAGAUGCAAGCCAUCAUCCAGUCAAAGUUUGGAUCCGCAAAGCGUGGGGCUGGCACUCCCAAUCAUCUUCACCCAGUCCCGAGGUGGCCUUUGGGAUCGCCUCUAGGGGAAGCAAAUCCUCGAAGAGGCAAGGCCGCAGCAUGUUCCGAUGUAGAGUGCGGACACGACCGCUACCGUCUUCCGCCUUCACCUCAUAGACCGUGUUGUCAUGAGACACCCGACGCUGCACGACAUAAGGCAUCACCUCCCAUCGCUCGCUCAACUUGUUCCCAGGUCGCUUCUCUCAAACUAGCACCCUCUGACCCUCAGCAAAUGGUCCUCCCAACUUCCAUCCAGGAUGCAGUUUGGACCCGAUGUUCCCCGCCGCCACAUCCCCGGCAAGUUUUAAGUGCCGUUUCUGCUCCUCGAUCCAUCCACUGUGCGUCCACUGACAAAAAAUACGGCGAGAAACCAGUGGUCCGGUGUACUCGAUUAUUAUACACCCAUACCAAUUCUGGGAUGAAGUCAGGCCAACGCCGCUUCUUUUCGGCCUCUAGGACCCUCAACAUCUGUAGCAAAGUCCGAUUAAAUCGCUCACAGGAUCCAUUGCCCUGUGGGUGGUAUGUUGUGGUCCUUGAUUUGUGCAUGCCAUAGGUGCGGCACAGCCGCUCUAUUACCCAGCCUUGAAAACACGCACCUUGAUCAGAAUAGAGGCGCUCAGGGCAGCCUUAUCUGCAGAUAAAAUGUUCAACAAUAGCCUUGGCCACCGUGUCGGCCGUUUAGUCCAUGGUAGAGACAACUACCGUAAAUUUAUUAAAGUGGUCGGUCAUCACUAUGGCAUAUUGAUACCCAUGCAAUGACUCCCCAAUCAAAACAUAGUCCACCAUGAGGAGUUCAAGGGGUCUUGUGGUCCUAAUUGUCUGUACCGGUCUCCUCUGCUCACCACCCUUCAUAUCGGCACAUCUUCUACACAUCUGGCACACCUCUUCAACCAUUGUCUGCAAGCCUGGAAAGAAAUACUUAUGACGGAUCCACUGUAGCGUCUUCUCAGCUCCGAAAUGGGCCCCUUCUUUGUGUGCUUCGGUCACCAGAGCACAGGCCAGAUCUUUAGGGAGAACGAUCUGCCACACCUUCCGAAGCUCCUGCUCAAAGUAAGCCUGUCGACAUAACACCCCUUCACGUAUGGUCAUCCGAUUCCAUUGAUGGAGCAGUUUCCUACCCCACUGGCUAAGUUGUAGUCUUUCCGAAGAGGAAGACCAGUGAUCCAUUUCCUUCCACCUGCGGACACAUUGCACAUCCUGAUCCCGCCCUUGUUCCACAGCCCAGUUCGGCAAGGUUUUUCGUAGCAAAAUUCCACACAUCAUCUUUGGUUCUUCUGAAGGGGGAAUCAUCCUGGUGAGGUCAGGGAUCUCCUGCCCUUCUUGCUCCUCAUCCGUGGGACCAGUAGGUGACUCCACUGGAUAGCGGGACAGGUCAUAAGUAUUCGUAUUUGCCCUUCCUGGCCAGUAUCGAAUCUUGAACGAGAAUUUUGCCAAACAAGCCACCCAGCAUUGUUCCAGAGCCCCCAACUUGGCUGUGUUCAGGUGUGACAAAGGGUUGUUAUCCAUGACAACUUCAAAGUCGGCGGCGGUUAGGUACUCCGCUAACUUUUCAGUAACCACCCAGACGACCCCUAGUAGCUCUAGCUUGAAGGAACUAUAGUUGUCUGGAUUCUGCUCUGAUUCUCAUAGGCUCUGGCUCCCGUAAGCAAUCACUCGUUCCUGGCCUUCCUGUAUAUGGGAGAGUACAGCCCCCAGCCCUUGGUGACUCCCGUCGGUGUACAAUAUAAACGGCUUAUUAAAGUCGGCAUAAGCCAGUACUGGAGCCUGGGUGAAGGCCUAUUUCAGACAACCAAAUGCAUCCUCCUGAGCGUGAUUCCAUGCCACUGGUAGCAACACCUCCCAGUAAUUUGUGUAGUGGUCCCGCGAUCUUAGCAAAGUCCCAUAUAAACCGCCUGUAGUAGCCCACCAAUCUAAGAAAUGCUCUCAACUCCAUCACACUGCCCGGAGUCUUCCACCCUUGGACUGCGGCAAUUUUGUCAGGGGUGGGCCUUACCCCUUCCUCCGAGACCACAUGUCCCAGAUAUUCCAAACUGGACUUCAAGAGAUGGCAUUUCCUUGAUUUCAGUUUGAGACUGUACUGCUCCAAUCGUUGGAGCACUUGUUCCAAUCUGUGCAAGUGUUCUUCCAAAGUAGGGGCAAACACUAUGAUGUCAUCCAGACAGAUAAGAAUCGCCUCAAAGUUUAAGUCCCCGAGGCAGCACUCCAUAAGGGGUUGGAAUGUGGCCGGUGCAUUGGAGAGCCCGAAGGGCAUUCGACAGAAAUCAAAGAGUCCCAUGGGAGUGAUGAACGCUGUUUUCUCCUGAUCUUUUUCCGCCACAGGCACCUGCCAGUACCCACUGGCCAGAUCCAGCGUGGAAAAAUACCAAGACUUUCCCAAAGCAGCCAGUGAUUCCCCGAUACAGGGCAACGGAUAAGCAUCCCAAAUGGUACAGCUGUUCAACCUCCGAUAAUCCACACAAAAUCGAAUCGUCCCAUCCUUCUUCUUCACCAAAACAAUCGGGGCAGCCCAUGGACUCUUACUCUUCUUGAUGACACCGUUGGUUAACAUCUGUUGAAUCACAGUUUUGACCUCCUGGUACAACUUUGGGGGAAUCUGUCGAUAUCGCUCCCGAACAGGUGGACUGUCUCCAGUGUUAAUUUCAUGCUCUAUCUCCAUCGUGUGACCGAAGUCUUCCUCAAUUACGUGAAAACGAUUUCUGUCUUGCCCACAGCAUCUGCUCCACCCUGUUUACCUCUGUUUUACUAAGGCCCUCCAGAGAUACGUCAAUCUGUUCCAGUAUUACUCUCCCAUUCCACUCAGCGAUUGGCUCUUGUUUUUCCUCGACUGUGACGGCCAACGUCCAAGGCUCACAUGCAUCAGGCCUUAGGGUAACUCUGGGGCCAGGUUCAAUACCAUCCUCUGGAAUGGCCUCCAGAUGGGCCAAGACAGAUCUAGCGGGAAUCUUGAUCGGAGAGUUUCCCAGGUUGCCGCGUAGGGGUACAACGCCAUCCUUCACCACCGCUAUGGCUCUGGCCAGCAGCAAACCGGCCUCCACUUGUCUGAACCAGCAAGGUUCUAUCACAACCUCUCUCCCUUCCAACCGUUGCUGCGAACAGACGGGCAAUUCCAGGACCACCUCUUGUCUUGCCGGAAUCCUCACCUUCUGAUUAUGUCGUGUCUUGAUCAGAUCUAGAGGACGUGAAGACUCCACGGAGGUGGCCUCUUCAUUCCGCCGGACGGCCCCCUGAAAAGCUUGUUGCACUGGUUUCUGGACUCCGAGGUACUUCCAAUACUGUGGACCUUUGUCUUGAACGAGAACUUGGUCCAGACUCCGAAGGAUGUUCAUCCCCAGGAUCACCAGUCCAUUUUGGAAUUCUUCUUCGCUGACCACUACAAAACCUUUCUUCCCGAGGGAUUGUCCAUACACCUCCACCUCGACCCCUUUUACAGGAAUAGGGAGAUUGUUCGCAGCUACGAGGGUCACCCAAUUCCCGACACUGGUCAUCGUGAGAUGGGCAUAGUCUUCUUGAAAACGUUUCUCAGACAUAGUGGACACUUGUGAUCCGGUGUCCAAAAGACAACGUUGAUCCCUCCCUCCCAACUUUGCUACUACAGUGGGACACUCACCAAACAAAUCGGAUGAGCUGACAUCUACUCGCUCGCCUCCCCCCCGCGCACGGAUUGUCCCGCCACCGCGAGGGACCUCAGUUUAAAGGUCUCCUGCGCUCUUCUCUGCCACGUCGGCUGACCGGGCAGUCUCGAGCAAAGUGUCCAGGCUUCUCACACUCCCAGCACACCAAUUUGCGUGAACCCCUUGGGCGCACCUCCUCUCCCCGACGUCCAGUUAUCCCCUGUUCUCUCCUCUUCCGAGGAGACUUUUCUUUAUAACGAGCCUCGUAUCCCAACCCCUCUUCUGUUGGUUGACGUCCGGACUCUCCGCCCUUUCCACUCUCUGCCUUAACUGGGACACCUCUUCCUGGAUGAGCAAGAGUGUCGUGGUUAAUUCGUUGAUGCAGCCCUCCAAGGGACUAACCUCCGGGGGCCGAACUCUAUCUACUGGUUGUGCUUGCUGGGUGGAUACGGCACUGGAACUAAAUUCUGCAUUUUCUUCCUUCUUCAGCGCCAUACCCAAUACUUCAAAGAAGGUAAGUUUGUCAUCCACAUUGACCUUGUCUUGGAGAUAGUUCCACAGUUUACCAAUUAGGAUACCUCUCAAGGUCGAAUCCGGAUUCCCCAUCAUCAAUUCCUCAUCCUCCCUUGUCUAGCUCUCGGUCAUGUAUUCCUAUAUUGCGUUGGCGAAUUGGGAAAUGGUCUCGUCCUCCCUUUGGACCCAAGCAAAAAAGCGCUUCUUCAGUGUGGUCGUAGUAGCCUUGUCUCCAUAUACACCUUUUAGAAUUUUGAAGAUGUCCGCCAGGCUCCUCUGGAGCCUUUCGGGGCGUAGUACCGUUUUUGGGGCGUCACCAGUUAGGACCUUCAAUGCCAGAUUAACCUGUACGCUCUUUGGGAUCUGAUAGAGUUCGAUAGUGGUCUCCAGCUGUUCAAUCCAUUCUGUCAGGGGCAUAUUUUGUCCAUCGAACUUGUGUAGAGGGGUUAGGGCCACCCCAAUGGGUAGCUUGGCCCGGGACUCAUCACUGUCGCCCUCCGACUUGUCUUUCCGGUCCAUCCUUACAAGAGGAUCCUGCCGACUACACCAAAUGUAAGGGUGCGGUGCAGUGUAGUGCCUGCUGCUGUGCAGGUGUACCGUGCUCCUUACCACAAGUUGCUUUCCUUAGUUCCCGACUGCGUAGUCUCUUCUUCCAGGAAAAUCCUUCCUUUGAACCUCAAGAUGGGGACUCAGCCUGGAGGGCCCGAUGGCUAGGGGGAAGAGAGACACUAAUCACCGUGUGUCAACUCUUCCGCGAUGGGGAAGAGGACACAUCGGGAUGGCCACGACUUUCACCGGUUAGGUGAAUGUCAUCACUGGCCCUAAGGCCUCAGCCACCCAAACGUCACCUACUUGGCACUUGCGCACCUAGGUGAAAGCGAGCCCACUAGGCCUAGCGGGGUCUCGCAAACUGGCGCUCAACAUGGACUAGGACACACACACACAGAGUAUACUCACACUGACACUCUUCUCAACUUGCCUGUCGUGGGUCUCUGCUCCUGGAAAGAGAAUGACAGCAACCUCCCUACAAACUAAUAAAUAGGCAAACAACGGACCUGGGCUGAUUUACAACAAACUCUAAACAAUACAACUUGGUUAGCUACUACACCUAACUCCAGCAAGCAGUACAAGCACAUACAAGGCAACAAAGUGACGAUAAAACAAAAUGUGAGUUACCUCUAGUCCGGUUUGGUGGAAGAUUAAGCCGCUUCGCGCAAGUGGACAAAUGCCUGCGUAAUCUAAUUCCCUAUGGGGGCCGCCGUCCACUCCAGAGUCAUGGGGUAGGCCGUGUGUGGCGGGACAGACUCUCCACAGCCUCCCUAACACUAAAG